UUUGUCACUGAUAAAAGGAGGUAAUAGAAAAGGAUAAAAAUGGCGUGCUUGUGUCUCCACUCUUCUUCCGAUACACAACAUUCAUGAUUUCCGAAUGAAGAUUGAAUCUCACUCCGACAUCAUUGAAGCAGUCCAGCCGCUCCUGUCGCCGGAGUGCGGGCACUCGGCGGAGCAUCGGAGUGCGCCGAAUGGGUCAAUCAGCGGAGCGGUGUUCAACAUAUCGACAACCAUGAUCGGCGCCGGAAUCAUGUCGGUUCCGGCGACGAUGAAGGUGCUGGGCAUAGUUCCGGGGUUCGUGGUGAUCCUGUUGGUGGCACUUGUAACAGAUGUGACCGUGGAGUUUAUGCUGAGGUACACGAGUUCCGGAAAAUCCACUACUUACGCGGGCAUGAUGGGUGAAUCGUUUGGGUCCGUUGGAUCCCUCGCCGUUAAGAUUUGCGUUCUCAUAACCAAUUUCGGAAUCCUUAUUAUAUAUCUCAUUAUUCUAGGAGACGUGCUGUGUGGAAAUGAGUCGAACGGAACUACACACUUGGGUGUUCUACAAGAAUGGUUUGGCAUGAAUUGGUGGACCUCUCGUGCUUUUACUCUUCUUAUCGUUGUUCUCUUCAUAAUGCUUCCACUCGUAAUGUUACGUCGUGUUGAUUCACUAAGGUAUACUUCUGCAAUAUCAAUCCUACUGGCAUUGGUCUUUCUUGCAAUAUGCUCAUCAAUGGCGAUCAGUGCAUUGUUGUCCGGCAAAACUCAAUCACUAAGAAUGGUCCCUGAUUUCUCUCAAGUCACAGUCCUUGAUCUUUUCACCACUAUCCCUGUUUUUGUCACUGGUUUCGGAUUCCAUGUCAAUGUUCAUCCAAUUAGAGCAGAGAUUGGAAAAGUUAGACACAUGGGUAAGGCUGUGAAGAUUUCUCUGGUAAUAUGCAUAGUUGUUUACUUUGCCAUUGGCUUCUUUGCGUACCUAUUAUUUGGGGACUCAAUCAUGCCCGAUGUGUUGGUAAACUUUGAUGAAAACUCUGAUACCCAUGUUGGUCGAUUGCUGAAUGAUAUUGUUAGAAUAAGCUAUGCACUCCAUCUUGCCCUUGUCUUCCCCAUCAUGAACUAUUCCUUGAGGAUCAACAUUGAUGAACUUAUUUUCUCAAACAAAAAUUUACCUCCCUUGGCUUCAGACACCCCAAGAUUUGUGUCACUCACUCUGUCUUUGCUUGCCCUCACAUACUUGGUGGCUGUGGCCAUCCCAAACAUUUGGUAUUUCUUUCAGUUCUUGGGAUCCACAACCGUCGUUUGCACCUCGUUCGUCUUUCCUGCUGCAAUUGUUCUAAGGGACAUGCAUGGCAUAUCAGAGACAAAAGAUCGAGUGAUUGCAAUUUCGGUCAUUGUUUUUGCUGUUGGGACAAGCGGAAUUGCUAUAUGGACCAACUUGAAUCCAGGGAAUGGUUAAUGGUUAAAAUUUGCCGUGUUUAUGUAUUAAGGGGUUGAUUCGUUUGAUGAAUCCAUAUUAUUGAAUCAAUUAAAAUUCAAAAUCUUUAGUUUAGUUAGGUUAUCUAAAUUAAAUUAGAGAAGUUGAUGGAUACGGAGUUUCUAAUUUAAAAAUCCAUUAAAUCCAGGUUGAACCAAUGAUGUUAAAUAUUGUUUUAUUAUUUGUUUAAAAGCUAUUAUUUAUUUUUUAUUGAA